AUGGAAGGUAUAUUCGGUGAGAAUGAUAAACAAGGUAUUAUUCCACGUAUGGUACAGGAUAUUUUUAAUCAUAUUUACAAUAUGGAUGCUGAUCUGGAAUUUCACAUUAAAGUUUCUUAUUUUGAAAUAUAUAACGAGAAAAUAAGAGAUCUCCUUGACGUAACCAAAAUGAAUCUCGCAAUUCAUGAGGAUAAAAACCGCGUACCGUAUGUGAAAGGUGCCACUGAACGUUUCGUGUCUAGUCCCGAAGAGGUGAUGGCCACAAUCGAUGAGGGAAAGAAUAAUCGUCAUGUCGCUGUUACAAAUAUGAAUGAGCAUAGCUCAAGGAGUCAUAGUGUGUUCUUGAUACAAGUGAAGCAAGAAAAUACGGCCACUCAGAAGAAACUUACCGGAAAAUUAUAUUUGGUUGAUUUGGCCGGUAGCGAGAAGGUUCGUCCGAAAUUGAUUUUCUCUGAAUGA